AUGGUGUCACCAGAGGUAGAGCUAUGGAUAGAGGUGUCUCAAGGUCUCGUUGGCUUCUCAGGCACUAGAAGCAUGCUUGGGCACACAUGUGGGGGCAUGACGGAGAUCUGUGCGUCGACGGGAGCGGCUUUUCAGCUGGAGCCUCACACCUGGAAGCUGGGCUACGGCAUCUCAGCAGUGCGCUGGGAGCAGUUUGAGAAGCGGAAGGAGGCGGAGCUUCGCUACCAAGGGCUCUGGUCCUCGAAGGUGCUCAUGAGCCCCGAGGGUGAGGUGAAGCUUUGCUCCUCUGCUCCUGUGGAUCCGAGAGGUCUUGGGGUGGCGAUGCUGCUACUCUCAGCGAAGAGAGACUUUGAAGAGGUUUUUCAGCCCCCUCUCAUUCAUGCUGCCCUGGAGAAUGGAGAUGUGGCUUUUAUUCCAGCUGAACGUUUGCCAGGCAUUCCGCAGGCGCUACAGCUCGUCUGGGACAUGGUUGCUUGGAGAAGGUCCAUCAGUUGGUUUGGCUCACGCGUGUCGGCGGAUUCGCUUUGUUACUUCGACGUUGAGAAGCAUCCGGGCGUUCGGGGCUAUGUGGCGCUGACCAUCGACGAUGCCCCAUGCCGCCUAGGGCCCAAGAACUCCAUGCUGCCUGAGAUCCGAAGGCUUCUGAAAGAGCAUCAGGCACAGGCCACCUUCAUGCUCCUGGGGAAGUUUGUGUCUGGUAGUGAAAACGACCUCCUGGACCUUUUAAGGGACGGACACGAGCUGGGGAAUCAUGGUCUUGUGGACAAGAGCUACUUGGCCUCCUCUGCGAAAGAGUUUGAGGAGAUGGUCGACGAGUGCUCAGCACAUAUCGGCGACUUGCAGCGACGUGCCGGAAUUUCUGCCGCGUUUCCCUGGUUUCGGCCUCCCCAUGGCCAGAUGAGCUCCGCAAUGACGGAGAUUGUGAAGCACAAGGGCCUCAAAGUUCUCAUGUGCGACGCCUACGCCUGCUGCCCCGUGAUUCAGGAUGGCGACUUCAUCGGGCGCUUCCUGGCGCGCAGGGCGGAGCACGGCUCCAUCCUUCUGCUGCACAUGCCCGAGCACGGCUUUCGCGAAUGGUGUUGGCUCGGCCUGCAGACGCUGCUUCGGCAACUGCAGGCGCGCGGCCUGCAGGUGGUAACUGCCGGGAAGCUGGCCGAGCUAGCCGGGUGGAGUCCGGACAGGCUUUAG